ACACACACCAGGAAGAGAGAGAGAGAGAGACACACAGCACUGAGACACAGAGCUGUGCUGGAAUCCCAGCAGGGCAAACUGGGAGCAGCACAAACUGGCAUAUACUGGGGGUGGAGCACUUUGAACAAGUACUGACUGGGAAUAAAAAAUCCAGAACCAGUAGAAAUCGGGAGCUGAUAACUCUGGCCAGCACAGACAAAGACACUUUCAACCAACAAAACUGUGUCGAGGAAGAGCAGCAGGACAGGAGGAGUACCAAACCAUGCCAGCAGCCCUGCAAACCUGCAAAUAAAGAACAGGAAACCACCGCAGUGCUGCUCUGUUUCUCUGUCUGGUGCAGUGGUACUGAGUUGCCAGCUCACUCAUGAUCUCACGCUGCCCUGUUGGGGCGCUGCCCCCCUGGAGCCCUACCGGAGGGCCCCCCUUUCUCUUCGACCGGCACUCCUCCAUCAUCAGAGACAUCCAGCAGAGCCUGGAGCUGGAGCUGCUGGGGGAGCCCAACGUGGCCCUGCAGAGAUAUCAGGCCAAGCCCCCUGAGGACAGCGGCUCCUGGCAGAGUUCCGUCCAGGACUGGGGAGAGGAGGUGGAGGAGGGAGCCGUCUACAAUGUCACACUCAAGAGGGUCCAGAUCCAACAGGCUGCCAACAAGGGAGCGCGCUGGCUGGGGGCGGAUGGUGACCGGCUGCCCCCAGGUCACACGAUCAGCCAGCUAGAGACGUGUAAGAUCCGCUCCAUCAAGGCUGGGACGCUGGAGCGGCUGGUGGAGACGCUGCUGACUGCCUUCGGGGACAACGACUUCACUUACAUCAGCAUCUUCCUGUCCACAUACCGGGCCUUCGCCUGCCCCGCGGACGUGCUGGGACUGUUGCUCGACAGGUACCAGGACCUGGAGGUCACUGGCAGUGAUGAGCUUGGCAGCCCCCCCGACAGCAGAGCAGCCGUGCGCAAUGCCAUCGCCUCCAUCCUGCGUGCCUGGCUGGAUCAGUGCCCCGAGGAUUUCCACCAGCCCCCCGAGUACCCCAGCCUGCACAAGGUUCUGGAGUACCUGCACCGGACCAUGCCGGGCUCUGACCCAGAGAGGCGAGCCCAGAACCUGCUGGAGCAGCUGCAGAGGCAGGACCGGAGCGAGCCGGAGAGGGAGGGUGGUUUCCACGGCAAUAGCAGCUUCUGCCUCGGUGAGGAUGAGGAAGUGGAGGUCGACGUGGCCGAGGAUUUUGUGAGCAUUCCAGAAGACCUGGUGGCGGAGCAGCUGACCUUCAUGGACGCGGAGCUCUAUAAGAAGGUGAUCCCUCACCACUGCCUCGGCUCCAUCUGGUCCCAGAGAGACAAGAAGGAGAACAAGCACAUUGCACCCACCGUCCGCGCCACCAUCACCCAGUUCAACAACCUUACCAAGUGUGUGGUGUGCACCGUGCUGAGGGGCCGGGACCUGAAGCCACAGCACCGCGCCAGGGUCAUCGAGAAGUGGAUCAACAUCGCGCAGGAAUGCCGGAUCCGGAAGAACUUCUCCUCCUUGCGAGCGAUCAUCUCGGCUCUCCAGUCCAAUCCCAUCUAUCGGCUGAAGAGGACCUGGGCCAGUGUCCCCAAGGACAGCAUGCUGAUGUUUGAGGAGCUCUCCGAUAUCUUCUCUGACAACAAUAACUACCUGACGAGCCGAGAGCUGCUGAUGAAGGAAGGCACUUCCAAGUUUGCAAACCUGGAGAGCUGCGUGAAAGAAAACCAGAAACGCACUCAGAAGAGGCUGCAGCUGCAGAAAGACACGGGAGCCAUGCAGGGUACUGUCCCCUAUCUGGGCACCUUCCUGACAGACCUCACUAUGCUGGACACUGCGCUGCCAGACUUCGUGGAGGGCGGUCUGAUUAACUUUGAGAAGAGACGGAGGGAGUUUGAGGUCAUUGCACAGAUCAAGCUCCUGCAGUCCGCCUGCAACAGCUACUGCCUGAGCGCCAACCCGGCCUUCCUGCGCUGGUUCAGGAGCCAGCAGCACUUAACUGACGAGGAGAGCUACUCCCUGUCCUGUGAGAUCGAAGGCAUCGCAGACAGCAGCCCCACAUCCCCAAAGCCUCGCAAGAGCAUGGUGAAGAGACUGAGCCUAUUGUUCCUGGGUACGGACGCGGUGGCCAGCAGCACGCCGGUGAAGGAGAGCCCCAAGUCGCCCCUUAGUGGCAGCUCUGGGGAGAGCAUGGACUCGGUCAGCGUCUCGUCCAGCGACUCCAGCCCCUCGGAGCUCGAGGUGGCCUGCCAGACCCCCGAUACACCCAUGAAGAAGCUCUCUGAGUCCUCAUCCUGCUCCUCGAUCCACUCCAUGGACACCUUGUCUUCGUCCCCCUCGCUGCCGGAGCCCCCCCCCACGCACAGGCGCUCCGUGUCGGGCUCCAGUGCACUCCCCCUGCCCGUCUACAACCAGCAGAACGAGGACAGCUGCAUCAUCCGGGUCAGCGUGCAGGCCAGCAACGGGAACCUGUACAAGAGCAUCCUGCUCACCAGUCAGGAUAAGACCCCAGCAGUGAUCACGAGAGCCAUGAGCAAACACAACCUGGAGAGCGAGGCGACCGACCACUAUGAACUGGUGCAGGUCAUCUCUGAGGAGAGAGAGCUGCUGAUCCCAGACAAUGCCAACGUGUUCUACGCCAUGAACAGCUCGGCCAACUUCAACUUCCUCCUGCGGCACAAGGAGUGGGCUGCGGGGGGGCGGGCAGUGAAACUGCGCAGCCGCUCAAGCGCCACGCUGCCACGGGCCUGCCGGGGGGGCUGCCUGAGCAACCGGCUGAGCAAGGUGACCCUGUGAGCGGGGAGAGAGAGAGAGAGAGGGAGGGGAGAGGGGCAGCCACUCCACUCGCUGACACACACUCCCAUCGACACAUUCCAGAUCAGCUGUGUGUGUCAGCUGACCCGCAUUGCCCUCGGAGCUCCCUCCCUCUUGGAUCGAGCGGGACAGGACCGCAGCCCCGUAGAGGAGAGCUGGUCUGGCCAGCUCUCCCAGCAGACUCCCAGGCCUGGUCCUCGGCCUUGCGCAGCAGGGGCUCCACUGAUUGAUAUUUUGAUAUUUCAGACGUUUGGAAUAUUUUGCACACGAAGGAGAGAAAGCAGCUCCUCAUAGUUGUUUUCCUUUGUGUCCGGAAGGAGACAGGGACAGUGAUGAGUAGAUUGUAUGGAAUGAUGGAAUAAGGGAUGAAUAAGUGACAGAAAAGGGUUUCCUGAAUGUGGGCGACUCACAUGGACUGAAGAAGACUGAAGAAGGGAUGGGGGUCCUUCCCCAGUCAGCUGGAUGACGAGUGCUUGUAACAAGUGUUCUGAUUGGCUCCUGAUUGGGCCCUAUUGUUUGCUUCCUUCUCUAAUGAAUCCAAUUCCUCUGCUUUCCUAUUGGUUUGUGUUUCUUUCCGGAGGGAGUGGCCAGAGCCUUGUCUUGAAGAGCGGAAUGAUCUGAUUGGCUGAUCUUCACUCUGUGGAGUUAGGUGCACUUGUUUUGGGAGAGGUGGGGUGAAGGGGACUCUUUAUCACUGAGCACUGGUAGAAGUGUGCCUCUCUAUCUGCACAACUGUCCGCUGAGUUUCCUGGAAACUCUACGGGCUGCUCAGUCCUUCUGUGCUUUUUUAUUUUUUUGUUUUCCAAAUUCAUCAAAUUAUUGUCUAUUUUUUCACAGAAAAUCCACAUUUUCUUAAAAAUAAAUCCUGUGAGCUGUAAGCAGCACCACAGAUCGACUGUGCCCUAUUUGUUUUCUGAGUAUCCCAGAAAAAUAAGUUAUAUAUUUCUAUGAGUGAAUGAAUUGUUCAUGGGGAAAAAAAUGAGAAAUUUCUCAGAAAAAGAAAUUCACUUGACUGUGGAUUUUAAUAAACUGCACAUUUUGCCAAAAUGUGUUCUUCCCAGAUGUUUGCUGAUCCCGGGAUGGAGCAGGAGGAUGCUGUGGAACGAUUUGAAACUACAGAGACCUUCCCUUACAAAUGUUUCCCAUAAUAAAAGUGUAAUCAAGCACAGUGAAAGCCUGGUAAAGCACAGAGAGCUAACGUGAAGCACAUUAAAAAGCAUGGCAAACCAGGGUAAAGGACCGUGCAGAAAUACUGGGGUUAACGUUCAGAAGGGUUUCAACUAAAGACAGAUUUAGAGCUGCCUCCUGUUGGCUGGUUUUAAAAACAUUUUCACUGCCGUGUUUUUUUGUGUGUCAGUCCUGACACGGGGCUGAGCAGCAGCAUAGCAUCCUGGCUCUCUAGCUGAACUCCCUGGUCAGCGAGCCCUCCUGUCUGUUUCUGUGCCUGCCCAGCCCUGGAGGAGUGGUCCUGGUCCCUGCAUGCCCGGUUAACCUGAGCCAGUCCCUUGGCUGUUUUGCAUCUCAUGGUCUCCCCAGCAGAGCCACAGCACGGGUCUCCCCUCUCGCUCUGAGCGUCGCACAGCGCGGGUCUCCCCUCUCGCUCUGAGCGUCGCACAGCGCGGGUCUCCCCUCUCGCUCUGAGCGUCGCACAGCGCGGGUCUCCCCUCUCGCUUUGAGCGUCGCACAGCACGGGUCUCCCCUUUCAUUAAAUAUAUAUAUAUAC